AUGGCCAACACAAGCCGCGUCUUUGCUACGCCCAACACUCGCCGCCUCGGCGCAUUCACGCUCAAUGGCGUAAAGCAAUGGUCUCCGUCACUGGCUCUAUGGGGUGUUGGCGCGGGUACAGCGGCUCUCUUCAUCCUGUCAGUGACUCCCAAGAUCAAGCGUACAUUACUGGUCAAGAUUCCUGUGGUCAACGCGUACUUUAUCGAUACCACGCCGGAGUCGGACAAGCCUUUCUAA